AAAUAAUCCACAGGUGACUCGAAAGUCAUCAGCCACUCGAUCGCCAAGUCCCAACCAGAGAGCUACCGUUCGCCGGAGCGCGCUCGCCCCGCAACGCCUGUCUUUUGUGUUGUCGUUUACGUUUAACAGUGAACAAGAAAUGUAUCGAAUCGAAUUCGUCGAAUCAGGCAGACCAACUUUGGAUUAAUAGCGACUACUUCUAUACUACAGCUGAUACCCAACCUACAAUCGAAUACCCCCCCCCCUCGUUAUCGCCUCAUUCAGCCGAAUUGUAUUAGCAAGAAAAAGAAAUAAGAAGCACCAGCACCAUCCAUAAUAUCUAAUCACACUAUCCUGCACUGUCCAGCACCACUAGAACUUGUUCCAGAACAUUUUGUGGAUAAAUCGAAGAAAACGAGAGAUUAAGAGAUAACAUUCAAGAGAACAUUCCAAAGAGACCUAUUCAACAUGAUCUACCUGCAAAUCACAUUUUGCCUUCUCGUCAUCGUUUCCAGCGUGCGGCUGAUGCCGAUUGCCGACGUGGAGGAAACGGAGACGACGGAAUGGACUCACGACAUCACAACAGAAGAGGCGGCAGCGGCGACGACUUGGCUGGCGCCAGAAUCGCUCACCAAGGAGGAGAUAGUGGCCGACACCAGCCCCGACAACAACAACAAAGGCCCUGCAACAAUCACGACGACAGAGGAGCCCUUCAACGCCGUCACCGACCACGACGAACCGACAGCCGUCUGGUCGCCCUCGCAAACGGUCGAGAUACGCCUCCAUCCGCAAUCGCUGAGGACACAAGAGUCCAAAGGAUCUCACCAGGAGCAUCCUACCGUGGCGCCUCUUGCCAGUCAAGAGUUCCCGGUGGGACCGCAAGCAGAAGGGACGUCAUCUACUUCGAUGCCGACGCCCAGCGUCGCUCCGUCCGAGGACGAUCUCUUCGGCCGGAGGAUGACGAUGGAGCCGCAGACACACGGGAGCUUCGGAGGGCAAACGGGCCGUUUGAGAUCCAGGGAUAGUGUCGGGACGGCCCUCCGCCGAGCCGUAACCGGUUCUCCGGCUGUGCAGAGACUCCAGCAGAGCACAACCCGAAUGGCCAGCAGUUUGCCCGUCUCGACUUCGGGGCGUGACAAGGCCGGUCCUCCAGCAACUGGAUCGCGCCCUGGACGUAAGAUCGUGGGUUUUGGCAGCUUGUCGACUUUGUCCAAUGCCCAGCGAGUCAAUUCCAAAACGGCUGCAGCUCUGCGAAAGGAAAGUUUCUUCAAGAACCGACAAUCAGGACACGUCCAUGGACAUGGCCAUGGAGGAGGUGACACGCCUGCAGAUACCCAUAUGGAGCCUCCCCAAUGGCUAUACGGAACCAGCAAAGACACAAGAAAAACAGUCGAAUCCUUCCGGCUAUCUAAUAACGAGCGGUUGCUCGUUCUGGGUCUGCGGGACAAAAUGAUGACGACGUCGACCGCCAGCACUCACGAAGAAGAAAUGGCUACCACCACCACCAGCAAACCAGAAGAAAUGGUUUCGACAACAACAACGACAACAACCUUCACGACAACGACCGUUCAUCCGCCGGUAAGCGACGCAACCAUUUCGGUGACUACUGAAACGGAAGCCGUCCAAUCGACGACAACGACACGACCAACAAUUCCCCAAGUGGAUUCGGCGAUGCAAGAGACGAACGACGUGCCAGCGCAGAUCAAGGAUGCAGCGGCACGUGAGACGAAUGACGCAACUACGGAAAUCGAUCACGAAACAUCCCAGCAAACUCACGACAAAACAGAAGGUCAGGCGGUACUCACCGAGGCGACUGUCCAUCCGGAAACGCUUUCGACAUCGGCAGCAGCAGUCAGCUCGACGGAAACCAAUCCGUUCACCAAACAUUCGGCAAGCGGCAAGCCGGUGACGGCCCAAAUUCCGCUGGAUGUGGAGGGCGAACCCAUCAAGAACCUGGACAACUCGCCGCUAGAUGCUGGCAGUUCCUCCAAACAGGAACUGGGAGUUUUGUCGACAGGUGACGACUGUUUCGGAGCCGACUGCAACGAAGAACAGGAAACGGGAUUGAACAUGGGCCAGUUGGACCAUGGCGGGUUCGAUCAAGAGGCUCAUCGUUACCUAGUGGAGGAGAAGACCCACGACGGUUACAUCAUCGGCGAGUUUGGAGUCGUUAGCCGGUCGAGCGACUUACGGGCCGUCCGUUACACGGCCCAUCCGUCCAUCGAUCCUCAGCUGAUCCAGGAAAUGCUGCGGACUUUCUGGUUACUGAAAACGGGCGAAAAAGAGUAACAUCAGACAAAUUGGCCUUAGAGUAAAUCGUUAUUUGUUGUUUCGUGUCGUCAUUCGCUCUCACCAAUCAUUCGAUUCCUAUCUAUUUUUUUGCGUCCCCAAAUUGUUGUUCGUAAAUUGUCGAGAUCCGGCGGGAGACGGUACGACCCCCUUUUUUCAAUUACUGGAACCAGUGCAUAUCUCCGAUUUCGUUUCUCUUGAUAUCCCUUUUUUUUAAUACCUAUGUUCAAAAGAAGAAAAAAAAAAGAGUGGUGAAGAUGUCGGCUGGAUGAUAUGGAAAUUGAGUCUUUUUCCAAUUUGACUUUUCUCAUUUUGUUUUUUUCCUUUGGCUUCCCUUUUUUUUAUUACGUUAUAAUUGUUACGUUGAUUGAUGGGUUCAGCGCGUCGGUAUUUUUCUAUUUUAUAGAUUUUUUUCUUUUACCUCCCGAAUGUGUAAGCGUUUAGAGUGUGUGUGUGUGUGUCUGAACUGUGGCCACGUCCAGAUCUAAUCUUAAUCUUCCUUUUGGGCUGUCUCUUCUUCUUUCUCUUCUUCACGCUCUUGAUUGCAAUUCUUCCACUUUUCUUUCUUAUAGAUGGAAUCUAAUUAGAUUGCAGCGUGCCAUAGUCUGUCGUGUAUUGUUUGUCUACGGAACGAAAGGAAAAGAAAUAAAUGAUCUUCCACUCUAAAAAGAUA